AUUGUUUUAAAACAAAGUUCACGAAAAAGAAGGAAGCCAAACAAAAACUUGACUUCGUUGCCCCACGGUCCGACGGGCUCCACGGAGGCUGUGACCCCGUGAAGCUGGAUGAUGGUGGAGGUGAAGGGAGAAGGAGGGACCCAGCGACAGCUCCGACUUCUGUAGCUGUGACUGUUUACUCUACCUUAGCCUAGGUUAGCUUAGCCUAGCCUAGCGGUCCCUGUUCAUGACGUCCCCAGCAGGUCUUCCGCUGCUUGGUCCCGGUCGGGCUGCCGCGGCUAAGCCGCCUCUUCCCCGCCAGCAGCACCAGCCCGCUGCCUCCACCCCCGGCAGUGUGAUGGUGGAGUCGGUGGACGGUGCGGAGGGGCUGUCGGUGGCGGUGGAGCGCUGCCCUCUGUGCACCACCUCCCGCCGCAGGCUCACCUGUGCCCGGUGCGUUCAGGCCGGAGACUUCGUGUUCUUCGAAGGGAGGAACAGUGAAAGAUACUCUGAGAAGUUGGGGAGGCUAAAGAAGCUGAAGGAGGAGAAGGAGAAACUGCAGCAAAGUGUCUUACACGCCAUGGACCGGAGGCUGCAGGCCGAUGAGAUGAAAUGGAAGAUCAUGCUGUUCAAGAUCCAGAUCGAGCAGCUGAGGGAGGCGGUUGCCUGGGGCAACAAAGAGGUGAAGACUGAUCGGGAGCUCCUCCUGCGCUCUCAAGAGGAAGAUCAGCGGCUGCAGCGCCGCGCCGGACGGCACCAGGAGAAGAGGGACAAAAUCGAGCGACACAACCGGCGCCUGGGGGAGCUGAUGGAGAGACGCAGCAAAGAACACCAGAGCCGGCUGGGUCAGCUGGCGGCGCUCAGACGGGAGCACAUCCUGGAACUCACCAAGCACAUCUUCCCCAUGCAGGAGGAGAAGCAGGGCAGCAGAGACCCGGCUGAUGUCAUGGCAGAGUGUGACGCCGCCCUGACCUCCAGCACGGUGACAGAGCUGGCGGAGGCCCGCAGAACCACCUACCUGUCUGGACGCUGGAUCUGGGACGACCAGAACGGAGAGACCAGCAUCAGCAUCACCGGGGCGCCUGUAGCGUUGCCGAGCAACGGGGACUGCUCCGCCUACUACGGCUGGGUGGAGGAGAAGAGCACUAGCCCAGGUCCAGAGCUGGACCAUAUCAACCCGGCCCACACCAUCAGUGCGGCGCUUUGCUACGCCACGCAGCUUGUCACCAUUCUGUCCCAUAUCCUGGACGUCAACCUGCCCAAGAAGCUCUGCAACAGUGAGUUCUGUGGAGAGAAUCUCAACCGGUAUCGCUUCACCAGAUCUCUGAACAAGCUCAACACCAACAUCCUCCACCUCUGCUUCUCACAGCAUGUCGACAGUGAAAAGCUCCACCCUCAUCACACUCUCAGGAAUAUCAUGUUCCUGGUUGCCCCUGACAACGACAACCUGGGCAGGACCGGUCCGUUUGAAGUGAGCUCUGACCUGGAGGAGUCCAUGGAGUUUGUUGAGCCUGAAGCUUCCGGUCCGACUGAGGAGAGCGGUGAUGAAGCAGUGUCGGAUGAGGAGACGGACCUUGGGACGGACUGGGAGACGGUACCCAGUCCGCGGUUCUGUGACAUCCCCUCUCAGUCCAUGGAUCUUUCCCAGAGUGCUCUGCAGGUUUCCCAGCCGUCAGGGAACCCCGGAGGGAUGAUUUCAUCUGCGGCUGCUUCGGUCACCUCCUGGUUCCGAGCUUACACAGGCCAGCGCUGAUCCCAGUCUGGGAAGCUCUGGAUGAAGCUGGAUUGUUUUUAACCUCCUGUUGUAUCGUAACCCGACUGCUGUAUGGGGACUGGGACUUGGACUCGGAUCGGGGGAGUUCUGAGUGCUACGUGGAAAUGCUCAGGUUCUGGUUGUUUUGGAUCUAUCUGUCAGUAUUGUCUCCAUCAUGUGUCAGAUGCACAGGUCGGACUCUGAGGGACUCGUUCAGAACCUAAAACCAUCCGUUUUUGGCCUCAAUAAAAGAAUUUUCCUGGA